UCCGGUACAGAGGGCAAGGCUUCGUUGGUGAAUGUUUCCACCCUGUUCAGUAACACUUGACUCGCCGCGAUAGAUUGCAGCACAAGGAAGACCAUAACAGGCCAUCAGCAUUGAGAUGUGAUUGGAACUGUACCGUGUUGAAACAAGAAAAUGACCAGAUUCAAGCAAAUGUUUUUCAUCAUAUGGGUUGUCCUCCUUUACUUUUCAAAUAACGUCGAUGGGCAGGAUGGUCACUGUAUAUGGUAUGAUGAGUGUGGAUUUAAAGAUAGUGGCAGUAAUAAAGAGUUAAACUGUGUGUACAAUGGACCACCCAAACCUUUCAAGACACAGCAAGGCUUGGAUGUUUUCAGACAGUAUUGUCCAGAUUUAUACAAAGGCAAUGACACCUUGACCUGCUGCUCGGAUAGUCAGAUUCUAACCCUAGAAUCCAAUAUGGGUGUUCCCAGGCAAUCUUUUAGUCGAUGCCCAUCGUGUCUCCAUAAUUUUUUGAAUAUUUACUGCUAUUUCACCUGUGCCCCAGAUCAUAGCAGAUUUCUUUAUCCAUCUGAAAUUGUCAACACUACUGCCGGAAAAAGAGCAGUGAACAAAGUGGAGUUCUACGUGAGCAAUCACUUUGCAGUUGGUACUUACAACUCGUGUCGCGAUGUUCAGAUGCCCAGCACUAAUGCUCCAGCUAUUGGGACCAUGUGUGGAAGCAGCUCUUUCAGGGACUGCACUGCACAGAAGUGGCUAUCAUUUAUGGGAAAUAUAGAUAAUGGCCAGACACCAUUUCAAAUUGAUUUUUACAUUCAAGACACACCAGGAAACGAGUCAGGUGUCAUUCUUACUCCUUUCAACACAAGUGUCAUCCCAUGUUCUCAAGGCCUGACUAGCAACUCUUCUGCAUGCUCAUGCCAAGACUGUCGAGACACAUGUCCUGCCCUACUUCCUCCCCCUCCCCCUCCUGCCCCAUGGACCAUUCUGCACAUCGAUGGCUAUGCUUUCAUCAUGGGCUCCAUCUACCUUCUGUUUCUCUUGGUCUUUGGCUGCUACACAAUCUGCUACAACAUCAUGGUGCAGGAUGCACUGGGAGUAGACCACCAAAGGAGAGAGGACAAUGGCCGAGUGUUGGGUGGCCUCCCUAACUCUUCUGGCAGAUCCUCCUCCCAAGCAGAACGUUACGAACACAAAUGUCGAAUGCUGGAGAACAUCACGCACACUCAGCUUGGUUGCACUGAAAAGUCUGGUGCAAAGCUGGAGAAAUUCUUGGAGCGCAUCUUCACUCGCUGGGGGACCUUCUGUGCCCGCUGGCCGAAGACUGUGCUGCUGGUCGGCAUUGUGAUUGGUGUGGCCUUGGCAUGUGGUAUCUCCAUGUUUGAAGUCAUUACCAACCCUGUCCUGCUGUGGUCCUCUCCAAACAGCCGAGCACGCUUAGAGAAAGACUACUUUGACAGCCACUUCAGGCCGUUCUACCGAACUGAGCAGCUGAUCAUUACCAGGCCACAUAACAACAACACAGUCAAACAUAAAAUACCACCACCAUCAGUCGAUAUCUUGGAUUUCACCUCUGUUUUUGACAAGGCCUUUCUUCAUGAGAUACUGGAUCUGCAGCUGGCUGUUGAGAACCUGACAGCUUUUUAUGACAAUCAGGAGGUGACUUUGAGAGACAUCUGCUUUCAGCCAUUAGCCCCAGACUACUCGGACUGUACCAUCCAAAGCAUUCUCAACUACUAUCAGAACAGCCAUGAGAUGCUUGAUAGGGUUGUCUACGAUGAUUUUGGUUUCUAUGUACUGGCUGACUACCUUGAUCAUUUUCUCUACUGUGUUCAAUCCCCAACAUCUGUCCAGGACACUUCACCCUUUAAAGAUUCAUGUCUUGGUACUUAUGGUGGGCCUGUUUUUCCUUGGACUGCGCUGGGAGGAUAUGAUAGCACCAACUAUCAGAAUGCCACUGCUCUGGUCAUCACAUUUGUGGUCAACAACUAUCUUGAUGAGACGAUGAACAAAAAGGCAGAGGCCUGGGAGCAGCAGUUCCUCACCUUUCUGAAGAACUACACCAGCAACAACCCUAACGUCAGCAUCGCCUAUUCUGCAGAGCGUUCAGUGGAAGAUGAGAUAGACCGGGAGAGUAAUUCAGAUAUUGUGACCAUCUUGAUCAGCUACUUGUUAAUGUUUGCCUACAGCACCAUUAUGUUGGGUCAGUUCAUCUCUGUCGAUCGUAUUCUGAUUGACUCCAAGAUAACCCUGGGUCUGGCUGGAGUGCUUAUUGUACUGCUGUCAGUGGCUGCCAGUCUUGGCUUCUUCAGCUAUAUUGGUCAGCCAGCCACCCUCAUCAUCAUUGAGGUUGUUCCCUUCCUUGUCCUAGCUGUUGGUGUGGACAACAUUUUCAUCCUAGUACAGACCUUUCAGAGAGACAAACAGCUCCCUGGUGAGUCUCUUGAGGAACAGAUUGGCCGUGUGCUAGGGCGUGUGGGACCAAGUAUGCUUUUGACAAGUACUUCAGAGUCUGUGGCCUUCUUCUUAGGUGCUUUGACUAAUAUGCCUGCAGUGAAGAUUUUCUCGAUGUAUGCAGCGAUGGCGGUCUUGUUUGAUUUCCUGCUUCAGAUAACCUGCUUUAUAAGUCUCAUGGCAUUGGAUGCCCGGCGACAGAGGGCUGGCCAUCUGGAUGUUUGCUGCUGUGUAAAACCCAAUGCGACAGCCAAAGCUGAGGAGAACGGGGGCCUGCUGUACAUUUUUGUCAAGAAAUACAUCGCUCCGUUUAUCACUAUGGAAUGGGUCCGCCCUAUUGUAAUGGUCCUGUUUGUUGGUUGGUUCUGCACAUCAGCAGCCUUGGCACCAAGGAUUGAGAUUGGCUUAGACCAAAAGUUGUCCAUGCCAAAGGACUCAUAUCUGCUGAAAUAUUUCACAGAACUGGCAGAGUACUUGUCAGUUGGACCACCUGUUUACUUUGUUGUCAAAAGCGGAUACAAUUACACCACCUUCCCGACUCAGAAUGGUCUGUGUGGUGGCAGUGGCUGUCCUCAAAACUCACUCCUUAGUCAGCUGAACCUGGCAUCUUUACAGCCAAACUAUACCCGCAUCGCUCAACCAGCUUCCUCAUGGUUAGACGACUAUUUUUCAUGGCUUGCUCCUGGUGGCAAUCCACCAUGCUGUCGCUAUAACAAUGUCACAGGGGACUUCUGUCCUGCAACCUCUCUGAACCCUGACUGCCAGCCAUGUCAGCUCUAUCAUUUCAGUAAUGGGCGGCCAUCACAAGAGGACUUUAUGCACUACUUGCCUUGGUUCUUAAAGGACAACCCAGAGAUAACCUGUGCGAAAGGAGGUCAUGCUGCCUAUGCUGCUGGAGUGGAGCUGCUGGACAAUAACACACAUAUUGGAGCAACAUACUUCAUGACCUACCACACCAUUCUCAAAACGUCUGCUGACUUUAUUGCUGCGCUGGAGCAUGCACGUGAAAUCAGUCUCAACAUCUCGAAGACCCUGAAAGCAAACCAUAUCUCCGACAACAUGCAUGAUGUCUACCCUUUUGAUCAAGAAGUCUUUCCAUACAGCAUCUUCUAUGUAUUCUAUGAGCAGUACUUGACAAUCGUCAAGGACACCUUAUUGAACCUUGGCAUCUGCCUGGGAGCCAUUUUGGUGGUGACCUUUGUACUCCUGGGCUUUGAUCUGUACUCUGCAGUCAUGGUCUUCAUCACCAUCUGCAUGAUCAUCACCGAUCUUCUGGGACUUAUGUAUCUCUGGGAUAUCAGCCUAAAUGCUGUGUCUCUUGUCAAUCUCAUCAUGGCAGUGGGUAUCUCUGUGGAGUUCUGUUCUCAUAUUGUGAGGGCUUUUGCAGUCAGCACGUUGCCCACACGCAAAGAGCGAGCCAAGGAUGCCAUGGCACACAUGGGCAGUUCUGUGCUGAGCGGCAUCACUCUGACCAAACUGAUUGGGGUCAUCGUGCUGGCUUUCUCCAAAUCCCAGCUGUUUCAGGUCUUUUAUUUCCGCAUGUACCUGGGCAUCGUGACCUUUGGAGCCCUUCAUGGCCUGCUCUUCCUCCCAGUCAUGCUCAGCUACAUUGGCCCCCCAGUGAACAAGGCCAAGGUGUACUUACUUCAGCAAGAGCAGAAGGAAGACGAGAAUAGAACAGUUGUGACACGCAGUGCGUCGCAGCAGCCACUAAAUGAUGGGGCUGGCGAUGGGCCUCCCAGCUACCUCAGUCUCCGCCUCUGAUGAAGGCCUCCCUCAUUCCUCCGCAUCUUUGUGCUGUCUUCAUCUUUAGUCUUCAGUUAGUGCGGUGGGACCCACAUGCUAAAAUGCAUGCUUGGUUACUGCACCUCUUGGGUGGCAUGCUGUGUGGACUAUGGUGGCCAGUGUGUGGGCUAUGGCUGGGUUUGUAGACUGUGUUAGAUUGCAGUGCCAUUUACAUGUGUGGGCCUUGUACAAUGCACAUUAUGGAAGUGUGAGUGAUGGAGGAUUGUUGAACGGUGUUUACCACUUACAUGGUGUGUGAGCGAUGGAGAUUUUAUGAGUGGGAGAUGAUUUAUGUGUUUGUACAAAUGUUAUGAGCAAGAGUGAGUCAGAUGCUUAUAAGCAGGAAUAUAAGUUGAGUGCUUGUGCAAGCUUUGUGAGUGAGAGCAAGUGAAAAGCUUGUGUAAGCUUUGUGAGAAGGAGUGAGUGAAGAACUUGUACAAGCUUCAUGAUGAGGAGAUGGGGAAGGUGGAAUAACACGGUCAUCACCUGUAAUUUUUCUCACUCUGCAGCAGAAGGAAGUAGACAUCAAGUGGUGAAUCUUGGUAACCAAUAUACAAGGGGAAAAUAAUGUACUUUAUAAAGUUUUGGUGGUAACAUGCUGAAUACAGGUUGCAUGUUCUGUCUAAAUAGCAGUUGGCUGAUUGGUUGUGACAUUUUUUUCUUUGCCUUAUCCUUAUCUGCUGCUUUGAUAUUCAUGCCAGGGAUGUUUUAAGGAGUGAACACAGUCAUCUGCAGCAACAGAUCAGUCAUCAUGGAACAUGUCCUGUCAAACAUUUCAUAGAACUUUGAAUUUGUAUCCACUGUCCUUUCUUCUGUCCCUUACCUUCUGGGUUUUUUUAUAUUUUUUUCUCUCUUCCACAGUCUUUCUUUUUGGUUUCUAUUUUUAAUGCACUGUGAAUUUGUAGAAGUUGAGUUUAUUGCUGAUGCAAAAGGGAUGUGACAAGGUGUGGAAGUUAGCAUUCCACUUGUUUUUCAUUAUGAGAUUGAGGGGGGGAAAACUUCUGUCACUUGUAUAUUUCAAUAAAGCUUCAUACUGAGAUCUCCUGUGAUAAAUUAUUUAACAACAGUACAGUUACUUGUGACCCAAAGCAGUUUACCUGUAAAGUUCAAUGUGUUCUAGAGAGUUGUGACUAGCUGUACAUCAACUGUUCUAGGGUGUAGUAAAGGCAGGUUGACUGUUGACUGUACUGGUGCCAGGUAAACAGAUAAAGCAAAGCAUUCUUCAGAUAUGUUAACUGUUCUGGUGCAGACAAAACAUUAGGUAUUCUUUGGACUUUAUUCUUUAGAGAAUGUUUAUGAUAGUUUCAAAACAUUUGUAACAUUAUUAAUUCCUGGAGUUGUAAAGUCUUGCUUUUUACUGAUCCCUCCUCACAGACUUCAUUUAGGCGCAGGGUGUUAAGUUUUUAUUGAAUUUCUUUUUAGUUUUGUUUUGUUACCCUUGGAGAAUAUAGGGGCUUAAGCUGUUUGUUGUUUAGGUUUUUGCUUUUCACAUACAUUCAUUUGUCAUUUGACUGGUAUCACUCACUUGGGGGGCAGCACAUAGACACGUCAGAUAUCAAGGCCUGCCGCUCGUCUGUCUUGGAUGAUAGUUCCUGCUCAGGAUGAGCAGUCUACUCCUUGUAAACUAAUUUUCUCUGGCCACCAGUAACUGAUCACCCUCCAAGAUAUCUUGAAAGAUAGUCUUCAACAGGUUGUGCCAGGUCACAUGGCCAAACUAGACCAGCUUAAACUGCUUGAAGGUUGAAUGUAGAUGUGCCUGGUGUCUUACGAGAGUGGUGACCUUGCUUCAUACAAAGUCAAUGGUUAAGAGUAACGGGCUUUGUGCUGUUCUUUUUGCUGAUUAUGUAUCCACAUGUUGGCAUGGAGCUGCAAGUGCUGGUGUGCAUGUAUGAUUAUUUUGUACUCGAUAUUUUGUUGAAUCCGGGCAGUGACUUGCUGGUGUUCCCUGAUGCAAGUUCUGCAAGGCUUUGCCACUUUCUUUGUUGAACAGUCUUGUUCUCAGCCAUCUGAUCAAAAAUGACAGCUUGUUGCCUACACUGUGCCACUGUACUACUAAAGGACAUCAGCAUCAGAAAGUUUCUUCGCAUUACUGGACAGUCUGCUAGAAACAGAAAGCAGAAUGUUUGUCAACUCAUGGAGCAAGAUGUUCACUUGUCUUCAGGUUGUGUCAAAAUAUCCUUGAAAACCUGAGGUCACUUCAAACUUCUUGUAUGUGGUAGCACUUUGGUCUCAAGGGCUUUGUUCAAAACCACAGUUCCAGCCACAAGUUGUGAAUAAGUGAUAUUUGGAACAUUUUGUCACCACCAUCACUUGUAUGUAUAAUUUAUUGGUUUAAAUAAAAAAAAAUUCUUGUAAUAAGUCUUCUUAUUUAUUGUGAAGGAAGGGAUGCUCUAAACUAUACCAAUCAAAAUUGUGUCUGCAGCUUUUUUAUAGACUGCUGUAGAUUCCUGUAUGAAUUAUGAUUAUCAUGUUAUUUUCAGAUUCAUGUAGCAUUAUUUCCUCUGGAACCACAGCUGUUGUUGUUGAGGAAGCAGGUUUCUAUCUUAAUGUAUGGUUAUUAAAAUUUUGAGUGUCUCAUAUAUGUUUUGUCCACAUUGCAGUGUACAACUAUUCAUGCAUUAUCAAUUUAUAUACUUAUAAAAGCACUGUGCGCAUUGGCAAUAAAAUUUGCAGUUUUGUGAAGGCCUCUCAUUCAUCACAGGCUGAUUUUGCUUCUAUCGCACAUUUGACAUCUAUAAUCACAUGACAGCAUGUGCAAUCAUCUAGUGAUUAGCUUUGUAUCAUCUGGGUUGACUUCUUUCAGACAGUUGCAGCUAGCUAAGGCCAUUUAGUGUCUUGCAUCACUGGCCACAGAGCUUGAAGCUAAACAGGAUUAUUAGCAUCAUCGGCUUCUGGCUGUUUGAUCCACAAAACUCACUUUGUGACAGGCAUCAUGCUAGUCCCGUGACCUGCAGGGGGUCUGGACUUAGGGCUUGGGCUCCUUCAUCAGGAAGUGUCAGGGCCUGAAAGCUGCUGUUAGUUGCGCUGCAGUUAGCUGGCUUCAUUCAAUAUGCAGUUGCUUUCUUCUCCUCCCAACCCACAUCAGCAUAAAGUCAAGCUUUCAAGACAGCUUAUCAUUUGAAACUGAUGAAAUGCUCGCAAGAUAUUAGAGGGCAUUGUAUUUUUCUUGUGUAUUGGUCGUGGUGACUAUUUGAGAUGAUGAAAUGAUUUUAUCUUGUAUGCGUUAUACAAUUUUUUUCUGUGGCAGUGAAAUGUUUUUGCAACAUAUUUGGUUGCAUGUCUGGGUGUGCAGUGUGCUAGUAUUUAGUAUGUUAGUAAAAUUCUUUUUCAGUUAAUGUGAAUAACGCAUUGGUGAAAUGUCUUCAUUCUGCAGUAUUUCUAUUUUGUAUUCACCAGGAUUUUAAGCUUGUCCUAAAUGCAGAAUAAAUAAAAAGAAUUAUUGAAACCUG